UUUCCUUUUCCUUUUGAUUUAUGGGUCGGUGUUGUGCCAUAAAAUCAAGCACAUGACACUGUGCUUUUAACUUUUUUACAAGAUUGUAUUACUCAACUGAUUUAGUGUUUAAUUGGUUUAGUUAAUUAAAAUGUAACUAUCAUAACACGUUUUUCUUUCUACUUCAAUGAGGGUUGCUGUCAUAAAAAGGGUAACUUUACGCGUUGCGCUAAAAAGGGGAAAACUCCGACACACCUCCCUAAGGAUCUACCGCAGCCCUACCCAAUGUCAUGUUGUUUCUUGCUGAUUUCUCACUGUCAGAAACAUGACUCCUUGAUCAAGGAAGUGUAUAAGUAGAAACUUUCGUCUGUUGUUUAUGUUAAGGAGGUGCGCGCUGGACAAACACAUGGAGAAGCUAAACAACUCGCUUUAUUUUUGAAGAAGAUGGAGAACGAGGGACAUCAGAGCACGUGUUUAUCUCCUCCACCAGAUAUAUACAUAUCUCCUCCAGAUGUGAGUGUCGGCAGCGAGGAGACCCAACAGCAGAUUGUAAGCCUGCCAGAAAGGUCUCAAGACCCCCAGAUCCAACCUGCUCAACCAGAGGUCACCACCAUCAAUCCUGGAGGUUCAACUUCUCCAAGCACUAAACUGUGUGGAUACCUCAGCAAACAAGGUGGACCACUAAAAGCCUGGAAGUCCAGAUGGUUCACCUUCGAGGAGAAAAGCUGUCAACUGUUUUACUAUCGCACCGCACAGGACCUCAAUCCUCUGGGUAAGGUGGAUCUGUCUCGCUCGACGUUAAGCUACCCGCUGCAGGGAGAGGAGGGGACGUUUCACAUACAGACCCCAGAGCGUACCGUCAUUCUCAAGGCCCCUAACCGUGAUGCACAGAUUUACUGGCUGCAACAACUGCAGCUGAAGCGUGCAUCGUACAGAGAGCAGAACGCUGGCCAAUUAUCCCUGCCAAAAUCUGACGGCCAAUCAUUAAACAGCACGCCAUCUGCACAGACCGGCCCUGCCGAUUUCUUGCCUGUGGUGAAAACUCCUCCUGGGCUGGUGGGUGAAGAAGCCGCCAGUCUGCCCGCACCAGGAACAAACAACCCUCUGAACAUGUCAAUCAAACAUCCCCUUAUUGAGCUACAGAACACGAUGCGUAGCUUGCUUCAACGGCAGUCACAGGAGAUACGACAGAGUGUUUUCCACAUAGAUGCUUAUUGUGACACAAACGGUUCCCAAAAAACCCAGUCAUCUAAGAUGCCCACUUCUGCUGGACCUUCACCUUGUUCCUCUCCAACCCCAGAACCCUCUGUUAACCCCAAGUGUGAGAAAAUGCAAGAAAAUGGCCUCAUUCACCAUCUCUCCACCAUGUCGCAAAACAGAAAGAGUAACAAGGAAAAAUCUAAACCUUCAAACCUUAAAGAGACUAAAGCGUUUGAACAAACAUCUCAGCUUGAACAGGAGGUCAAAGCACAGAAGGAGUUGGUGUUCAUCUUACAUAAGGUUCUGGAAGCUGCCCAGCUGGAGAAGCAGACCUGUGUUCAGUUUCUAACAGCCGAGGGGGAGCAGGAGCGCCUGGAGCUCCUGAGACAAUGCGAGCGGCGUGCGGCAGAAAUGCGAGAGCGUCUGGACUCUCUACAGGUGGAGAACGAGACCCUGCGCAGAGAUCUGAGCGAGCGGGACAGCCACAUAUCUGAGCUUCAGGAGAACAUCCAGCUCCUCAUGCAGAAGAACCAGGCCAAACAGGAAGUGAUACUGAAGCUCUCGGAGAAGCUGACAACCAGUGGGGCCGACCAGCAGUGCACCGACGGCGUCACGUCAGAAACCUUCAAACAGUUAACACUCGAGAAUGAGAAUUUGAAGGAUGAUUUGAAUGCACAUAAAAUGCAGAACAAGUUUCUAAACUCUGAGAUCUACCAGCUGACGACGCUUUGGAGAAAAAGUUCAGAACAGGAGAAAAAUCUGAUAGUAAAGUGUGCGGUCCUGGAAGCCAAUAACUGUCAGAUGGAGAGCAGGCAUCUGGGCGUCCUUCAAAAGCUCCAGGAGAGAGAGGAUCUGAGUCCAGAGCAGAGAGAAGCUAUCAGAAAUCUGAUUAAAGAUAUGGUUCAGGCCAACAAACUAAACCCCAUCAGUGAUUACGAUGAAUAUGGCUUUCGGAUCGCCAUAGACUAUAAAGUUGAAGACCAGAAGCUCCUUAGUAAGAUCCAGGCCCUGGAGGUUCGAUCCCAUAACCUACUAAACCACGAGGAAUGUGAUGGGUCUCUGCUAGCCCGCUGCUCUCAGCUCUUUGGACGGACCGAUGGGGAACUUUCUUCAUCACCGGAAGUGAAGAAUCUCCUGCGAACAGGCCUACCGCGUGAGUACCGCGCACGGGUGUGGCGUUACCUGAUCCAGACCAGAACCAGAUCAGUCAGAAAGCGCUAUCCUGACCGUUAUCAAAAACUGUGUGAGAAGAGUAGAAGCUCACCUCACCUGGUGCCCAGACAGAUUCAGCUGGACCUGGAUCGAACGCUGACCAACAAUCAAAACUUUUCUGCCCCUUCGAGCCCUUUGAUACCACAGCUGGAGAGAGUUCUGCAGGCGUUCUCGUGGCAGAACCCCACCAUCGGCUACGUCCAGGGACUCAACAGACUGGCAGCCAUUGCUCUGCUGGUACUGCAGAAUGAGGAAGAUGCCUUCUGGUGCCUGGUUGUGAUCGUGGAGCACUUCAUGCCACAAGAUUACUACACUAAAGGCCUGGUGGGCUGUCAGGCUGACCAGCGUGUGUUAAAGGAUCUCAUGUGGGAGAAACUGCCUCGACUCAUGGCUCAUCUUGAAUUACAGAAAGUAGAUGUGUCGCUGAUUACUGUUGAAUGGUUCCUGGUGCUGUUUGUUGACAGUCUGCCCAGUCGAAUACUGUUUAAAGUGUGGGACGCCUUCUUGUCUGAGGGCAUCAAGGUGAUAUUUCGCUAUGCACUGGCACUUUUUAAAUAUAGAGAAGAGGCCAUCUUGAAGAUUCAAGAUGGUGCUGAGAUGUACCAGUAUCUCCGCAUCUUCCCCAACACCAUUGCAGAUGGAAGGAAGCUCACAAACAUCGCCUUCAGCGACAUGAACCCGCUUCCCAUGAAGAUGAUCCAGAACCGUCGCUCUGUUCAUAUGGAGCGACUCCAAGCUGAGUUUAAAGAACUGGAGAACCUACAGAAAGCUUACAAAGCAGAGCGUGUACGGUGCAAAGACACAGAGCUGGACACUUUAAAUAGUGAAGAUGAAGAGGAAGUGUAAAACAAGCACAUAAGCUUUGAAUGCUAAAAGAGAAACACUAAAAUGAGGUUAAUUCACCUGAAAAAUUAAAUUCUGUUGUCAUUUACUUUUACCUCAUCUCCAUCAAUCAGUCUGACUUUCUUUUAACAUGACAGAAGACGUUAGGCAGAAUGAUGAAGUGAUGCAAUAAAAAAGUUAAAAAGCAUUUUAAAUGUAGUACAUAAUAGCCUACAGGUGCACAUAAGGGGUGGUUUCCUGGACCAGACUUAAUGCAUGUUUGAGCUGCCUUUAUUUUAAAACGUCUUACACUGUUGUAUCUUAAUAUAUCAAGUGCCAUUGUUUUGUCUUAAGAUGCACACCUGCAUUAUAAGGUAUGUUUGUAAAAACUACUUAAAUUUCCUGAAUUAAUCUAAAACCUGUCCAGGAAACUGUCCUUAUAUGGGGCAAUGACGUGAUAUGCAUAUUUUUGUGUUAUUUACUUUAAAAUUACUUGAUACAAUUAUUAAAUGUGUCACUUUAUUCUAGGAAACCUAUUUAGUUUUAAUACAAUACAGUAUUUUUAAUAAUUAAUAUUUAUUCAUGUUUUGGUAAACCUGUAAAAUGACAGGCGAUGCAACUAUGUAGCAAAUAGAUAAUAUAGGCUUCUUCUGCACUGUAGGUAUUGACAGGCGGAUGACAUCAAAGCACCACAAGAACAAUUCGAGAAAUGAUAUGGAGAUGUCAAAUUUCGUUUCGCUCUCGCUGUACUUUGACGUCAUCUGUCUGACGGUUCUUGCGCCGCUGCAUGAAGUCGAACACAGCAAUCAAAAACACUGUAAAUACUUUUAUAAAUAUUGAAAUGUUGUUAAAUUAAUAAAACUUUUCAAAACACAA